AUGUUGUGGGGAACGGCGCGGAGGGAGGCGGCGUGGGCGACGCGUGGGCCCGCAAGCGGCGCGCGCGCGCGGUCGACCGGUCGGCCGGCCGCCUUCGGAUCUCCCGUCAUCAAUGGGCGCCCGCGCCCGCGCGCCGACGGCAUUCCGGCGACAAAGCCCCGCGGCGCGCGGCGCCCUGCCCCGCCCAUCGCUCGCGACGCCGCGCCGCUUCUUUCAACAGAGGCUGCUGCUGCUGCUUCUGGCCACGGCUCAGUGGAGCGGAGGCCUACGCUUCGCCAGCCCACCUACCUCCCCACUUUGUUGCUUUCCAAACAUCCCUUUAUUUACCUUUCUGCGGGUCUACUUCAACUUCUUUUACAUUCCUUUUCUCUGCUCCCAGUUUUCUUCGCGCUGCUCUUUCUUAUGUAG